CACAUUUUGAUACUGCACCUAAUAUGGGUAAAAAGACAUGUGACUACUUGGAAGGCGUGAAUAACAAGUAACUGACAAUAUUCAUUACAGAGGAGCCGACACACCCUGUUUAGUUACACGAAAACAAAAGACAAACAAGUUGAGAAAUGGCAGCACUGAAUCCCAACAACCAGAAAAAAACCGACAAGAGAAUAAUAGGAUUCGAUUGUGAGUUUGUGAAGCCACCACCUUCGGAAUACGUCCAGUCAGAGUGUCCAGUUUGUCUCCAGAUCAUCCGAGAACCCCACCAGGUCACAUGCUGUGGAAAGAAGUUUUGCAAAGCUUGCAUUGAACAUAUUGAAGCAAGUAAAAAGCCGUGCCCAACUUGCAACGAGGAAUUUUCGAGUUUUGCCGAUAAAGGUUUGAAACAAUCACUCUAUGGGUUGAUAGUUCGCUGUAGCCACCAAAAAGACGGGUGUGAGUGGACAGGGGAACUGAGACAGCUUGAUGAGCACCUCAACACAGAUUCACAGCCAGAGAAACAACUCGAUGGAUGUCAGUUUGUCGAGAUCGAUUGCAUCUAUAAUUGCGGAGACCAACGUCAGCGAAUGCACAUUCAAGUCCACCAAAUUAAGGAUUGCCCUAAACGUCCAUUCGGUUGUGAACACUGCCAUGAUUACAAGUCUACCUAUGAUGAUGUCACCAACAACCACUGGCCUGUGUGUGGGUCCUUCCCUGUCCCCUGCCCUAACAAGUGUGGUUCAACUAUCCAACGUCAGAAUAUAGACAGCCAUGUUGCCGAUGAGUGCCCCCUGACCACCAUCAACUGUGACUUCCACCACGUAGGCUGUGCUGUGAAACUCCUUCGACAAGACAUGCCAGAACACCUGAGAGAGAACCUACUCACACACAUCUCUCUAUUGGCCACCAGUCAUGCCAAACAACAAGCUGAGAUUACACAACAAAGAGAAGAAAUCACAAAGCAACAAGCUGACAUAGCUAGUUUAGUUGAAGAGAAUAAACAGCUAAGGAUGAAAUAUACCGAAUUGGCGCCAUUGCAACAAAUGCUCACUGUGAACUCUGAACAUCUUGGUCACCCUGUCCUUACAAUGACCAACUUCCAACAGCGCAAUAGAAAUGGCGAUGAGUGGUACUCCCCUCCAGUCUACACCCAUCGUCAGGGCUACAAAAUCUGUCUCAGUGUGGAUGCUAACGGUGAUGGCAUUGGUGAAGGAACACACAUCUCUGUGCACGUGUGCUUCAUGAGAGGAGAGUUUGACGAUUCUCUGAAAUGGCCAUUUCGUGGUGCAAUUUCAGUGCAACUACUGGACCACAAUGGCAAGGAUCAUAAAAUGAACUCACGUACCUAUGAUGACAAAACACCUAACAUGUGCUGUGCUAGAGUGACAGAGGGAGAGAUAGUAUCACAUGGGUGGGGAUAUUCCCAGUUCAUUGCUCAAACUGAACUGGAGCCCAAGUAUUUACGAAACGACACCCUCCUCUUCCAAAUAAACGAAGUAAAACUGAAGUAGCUAUUUCAGAGGAUGACUAAAAAUUAUUUCAGUCAUAUACAUGUAUACUGUGUAUAUAGUGAUAGCGUGGACCGUAAUUGUUCAAUAAAGUUUGCUAGUACUUAA